CAGUGUCACUUUGACAGAAACAGUUAUCGUUCGUUUGUCGUUUCGCUUCAUGUUUGUUAUCAAAAGUCGGCGCGCUGAAACAUUGUUGAAAAGUUCUAAAGCUAAUUUUAAUGUAAACAGUUUUGAUGUACUGCACCGGCAGUAUAAAAUUUCAUCAAAAUGGACAUUGAUAACUCUGAUAUAGGUGUAGAUACGGAUGGUUCAAUAGUUAGCAUACAUGUUCGUAACUUUUUUUGUCAUGAUAAUUUGGAAGUUAAUUUGAACAAAAACGUUAAUUUUAUUGUGGGUCGUAAUGGGAGUGGCAAAAGUGCGAUCUUAACUGCGUUAGUGGUGGGUUUGGGUGGAAGAGCGUCCGAUACAAACCGUGGGAGCAGUCUGCGCUCAUUUAUUAAAAAGGGAGCAAACUCAGCGACGAUUGAGAUUAAAAUAAAGAACAACAGUCCGCAAGCAUAUAAACACCACAUCUAUGGUGACUACAUUACUAUUGUGAGACAUAUCAAUGCUUCAGGAGCUUCCAAUUACAAGAUUAAGUCAGCUUCUGGUGAAAUAAUUUCAACGAAAUAUGACGAUGUGAAUGCAAUAACCCUGGCACAUGACAUACAAGUAGACAAUCCGAUAUCAGUCCUAAACCAGGAUGACGCAAGAAGUUUCCAUGCAUCGGAUGCAAAGAAAAAGUUUGCAUUAUUUCGUAAAGCAACUAAUCUUGAAGUUACCGAGAAUAAUUAUAAAAUAGCUUUAGGAAACUGUAACAGGGCUAGAGCAGUGUGGAAGAGGAAACAUGAAGCAUGUGCAGAAUUGGAAGAAGAAUACAAGAAGAGACAGGCCCAGUUGGAUCAAUGGAAAUCUCGAGAAGAGAUCACAGCACUCUCAAAAACUCUCCAGAACGAAUUCUACUGGAGUGAAGUAGCAGAGUUAGAAAGAGAAGCGAGGAAGAUACAAGAACAGUAUGACAAACAGAAGGACAAGAUGGACAAACUGAGGGAGAAGCUCGGUACAAUGGAACAGAACUACGGCAGUAAUACUAGUGCUAUUGAUGAGCUGAAAACAUUUCUAAAAGAGAAGUCUGCAGAGAAAGCUAAGCUUGAAGAACAGCUUGGUAAACUAGAAUCCGAGGUGAACAGUGUGCAGACUUCGUUUCACUCGUUUCAGAACAACGCUACCAAGUACACUGACUCUCUGAAUAGAGAGAAAAGGAAAAUCGUUGACUUGGAGAAGGAAAUAAAAAGUAUAGAGCUCAGUUCUGGUGCGGCGGAGUCCCGUCGCGCGCAGCUAGAGGCUGCGGCGGAGCGCGCCCGGCAGGCCGUAGAGGCGGCGCGCGCGCGGUACGAAACGGCGCAAAACGACGCCGCGCAGGCACGGGACCACGACGCGCACGCGCAGGCGCAGGCCGAGCAGGCCGACGCAAGGGUACAAAGGCAGCGCGCCUCGCUACAGCAACUGAAGCAACAGCUGCGCGAGCUGGAGUCCCGCGGCAACGACUCGCUGGCGGUGUACGGCGCCAACAUGGUGGAGCUCGUGCAGCGGGUCAACGCCGCCGCCGCUAAGGGACACUUCUCCGACAAGCCCAGGGGACCCAUCGGUGCAUACCUAAAAGUGAAGGAGAAGAAAUGGGGCGGUGCCCUGGAGCAUAUUAUCGGGGGAAACAUUCAAUCUUUCUGCGUGAACACGCCCGAUGAUAUGAGGAAACUCUUUAAGAUAAUGGAACAGGUAUACGGCCCCCGGUCCAAGCCGGGCGUGACGUGCAGCCGGUUCCUCCCGCGCGUGCACGACGUGCGCGGGCGCCGCGUGCACUCGGGGAACUUCCGCUCCGCGCUCGACUCGCUCGACGUCACCGACCCCGUCAUCGCCAACUUCCUCAUCGACAACGUCGGCUGUGAAUGCGUGCUGCUUGUACCUGAUCAUGAGAGUGCGGUUAGAUUGUCGGACAAUGAGCAGAACGUUCCGGAGAAUUGCUCGAAGAUAGUGACCCUGGAUUCCACGGAGUACCACCCCGCACCCAACUACAGGAGCUACGGUGGUGCCGCCAGGCAGAGUCGCUUCCUGCAUCUCAGCACUGCGGAGAGGAAAAAGCAAAUAGCAAUUGAGAUAAAAGAAUCAGAAGCGACGUUGCAAGAUUUGGAGUCUCAGGCCGCGAAGCUGAGCGAAGAAGCGAAGCUGGCGCGGGAACAGAAGCGAGUGUCGGGGCGCGCGCUGCAAGCCCUGCUGGGGGAGCUGCACCGCGCCGACCAGGUCGCGCGCCAGGCCAGCGAGGCCCUCGAGCAACAACAAGCGCCGCAACAUGCCGUGCUCGUGGAGGAGUUAAACAUAUCGAAGGACAAGAUGGCCGGCUUGCAACGACAAGUGGAGGAGCUCGCGAGCAAGGAGGCGGAGUACAGAAAGAAGUUGGACGACUAUGACGCGCGCAUGAAAAAGCUAAAGAAACAGCUCGGGGAAGUCAAUGCUGCUUGUAGAAAUACUAGGGAAGAGAUAGACAAGGAGCAGAUGAAGAUGGACCAGGGUGUGAUGGAGAGGAAGUCGUACGAGCACCGGCUUCGUGAGGACAGCAUCAAGAUGACGCAGGUGGAAGCUAUCCUCGAGGACAAACACGCGGUCAUUAAGAAGAAAAUUGAAACCGCUGAACGACUCUGUCCCAGGAUGCCGAAUCCUAGGGACAAAUUAACAGUGACGAAUCAGCUGAAGAAGUUAGAGGUGAAACUAAACUCGAUACGGAGCGACGCGGACGGACUGAGCGAGGCUGAAGUGACGGAGCGACUGGUCGACGUCAAGCGCAAGUACCAGCAGACUAGCAACGCGCUCAAACAUCUCAAGGAACUUAUUGAUGUGUUGACCUACACAACAGACCAUCAUUUGAAACUGUGCGUGAAACUGCAGACCAUCGUAGUGAGGACAGUGGAACAUAUCUUCCAAGCGAUCCUUCUGGUUAGAGGGUACAGGGGUCACCUGGUAGUGGACCUGUCCCGCCACACGUUGGAGAUCCUGUGCUCGGGCCGCGAGGGCAACAACCGCGCGGCGUCCACCACGUCGUCGCUGUCGGGCGGCGAGCGCUCCUACUCCACCGUCGCCUUCAUCAUGGCGCUCUGGGAGUGCGUCAGCCUGCCCUUCUGUUUUAUGGACGAGUUUGAUGUUUUUAUGGAUAAUGUGAACAGGAAGGCAGUGAUGGAGAUGUUGAUAGACCACGCAUUGAAGAACACGAAGCGACAGUACGUGUUCCUUACCCCACAGGACACAUCCAGUGUUACCUCCGGACCAAAGAUUAGCAUACAUUUAAUGGCAGACCCACGCCCUUAGCAAGUAAGCAUUUUAUACGUAAUCCGAUGGAGAUUUUUUGAUUGAUUUUUUUACCUUUGUUACAUUAAGGAAUUGUUAUUUGAUUUUAAUGUUUGAGUACUUUUAAGAUACUCGAUUUGUCUAAUUUUUUAAGAAAAAAAAGCUGUUUAACAGUGGAUGGAAAUAAAAACAUUUUCAAGUAAAUAAUCAA